AUGGAGAUUUAUGUUUUCAUCUUUAUUGUGAGUGCAAAAAAUGAAGUUAGUGGGUGUGACAGGCGGACAACUCUUACCAAUUAUUUAAAAGAAUAUGGGAACACUCAUAGCUCACAACUGAAUAUUGCAAUUAUUGAUAGUGAUGAAAUUGCACAUACGAUUUAUUUACCAGGAUCACCUUGUUACAACAAGGUGAAGAAAUUUUUUGAAACCUACAAAGACCUUCACACUGGCGAACAUGUCAAUAUAUUUUCGGAAGAUGGAAUGAUCAUUGAUCGACCAAAAUUAAGUGCUGCAGUAUUUAAAGAUCCCAAAGUUAGGAAAAUGAUCAAUGAAGCUACUCACUUGGAAAUAUUUAAAGAAAUCAUGAAGAGAAUAUUUAUUGAAUUUUUAAAAUCCUUAUUCGUGACACCUCGAACAACAACCAUUUGCUUUGUAGAACUUCCACUUCUCUUUGAAACUAAAAUAUUUCAAUAUAUUGUCUCUACUAUUGUUUGUAUUAAAACAACUCCUGAACGUCAAUUACAAUGGCUCAUGGCCAGAAAUCAUUACACAGAAGAAGAAGCACAACAACGAAUUUCAUCUCAACUACCAGUCGAAGAAAAAGCAAGAAGAUCCAAUUUUGUGAUCGACAACUCGAGAGAUCGAGACUAUUUGAAAAUUCAAACAUUUGAAAUGGUGGAAUAUUGCGCAAAAAACACGACAACAUUUGGAUUGAAAACAUUUGUUGCAUUCAUGGUAUUGAUCCUUGUCCUUGUCCUUGUGGCCAUGAUUUUGUAA